AUGCCUAUUCCUGUAGAAAUCAUCAAUGGCAAAAAGACCGUCACGGUCCUCGAAAACAAUCCCGAGGUUAUGAAUGCCCUCUCCGCAAGACUUGGCUUGUCUCCUGAACUGGAAUUUCAUGAUGUUUAUUCACUCACCGACCAAUCUCUCCUGUCACUAAUCCCACGCCCUGUCCUCGCACUCCUAGUCAUUAUCCCAAUGACCCCAGCCUGGUACGCCUCCCGCACUACAGAAGACGCCGAUAAGCCUCCAUACGCUGGAUCGGGGCCAGAAGAGCCGGUAGUGUGGUUCAAGCAAACAAUCGGCCAUGCUUGCGGUUCGAUCGGGCUUCUGCACUGUUUGAUUAACGGUCCCGCGAAGGAUUAUAUCCUCCCUGAUUCUACCCUGAUGAAGCUGAGAGAACAGGCGAUCCCGUUGAAGAUGGAUGACAGGGCCAAGAUGCUGUACGAUAGCAAGGAAUUUGAGGAUGCACACCAGAGUGUGGCUGAAAUGGGCGAUACCAUUGCGCCAAGUGCCGCGGAGGCCGACAGGUUGCCGCAGCAUUUUGUGGCCUUUAUUAAAGGGGGUGAUGGGAGACUGUGGGAGCUGGAGGGGGGUAGGAAGGGGCCACUUGAGAGGGGUGUUUUAGAGGAAGGAGAGGACCUGUUGAGUGGGAGGGCAUUGGAGCUGGGGCUGGGAAGGGUAAUUGAGAUGGAGAAAAGUUCAGGUGGAAAUGAGUUGAGGUUUAGCUGUAUUGCGCUUACAAGAAAGAGCGAACCAUAA